AUGAUGCCAGUAAGACAGUUUUGUGAAAUUAAGGAAGACAUAGCAACGCCAAAUAACGUACUUACUGAACCAUUCCGACCUUGCGAACUUAAUGUUGAUGUACUUACUGAACCAUUCCGACCUUGCGAACUUAAUGUUGCGAUAAUACAGCUUAAUUGCAAAAAGUCCACUGGCAAAGACGAUCAAUGGCUCCAAGUCUUCACUGCUGGAACUAUCCUGGAGAUCAAUGGCUCCAAGUCUUCACUGAUGCUGCAAAACUUACUGGCCCUUGAGACAAUCAAUGUUAACUAUACUGGAGAUCAUUUUUCAGGAAAUCACAGGCCCUUGAGACAAUCAAUUGAGACAAUCAAUGUCAACUAUUCUGCAGAUCAAUGGCUAGUCUGCACUGUUGAGGCUGCAAAACUCAUUUUUCAGGAAAUCACUAGACAAUCAAUGUCAACUAUCCUGCAGAUCAAUGGCUCCAGUGAUGUUAACUAUCCUGCAGAUCAAUGGCUCCAAGUCUUCACGGAAAGCCAAGGAAACGUUGGUGCAGGUGUCUAUUCUGAACUCUUCUCAUCAAUGCCUCCAAGUCUUCACUGA